AUGAUUAUCAGUUGUCAAUUCAUUACAGGUUUCGUUGUACAUGAAAGCAGUACUGAAGGACAAAAUCAUGAAGAAUCACAAUUUUUCCUUGCUCCAUUGGCGGCGGCUGCUGGAGCUCACUUCUUACAAUUUUUAAAUGGAUGCUUCUUGAAUAUGGACAAUCUGAAGAAGUUGGUUUUUCCUGGAUAA